UAACACACUUCCUCACUGACUCUACAGAGUCAGCUCCAGUUGCCAGUUGUACUGCAACACUUUGUACCAAGCAGGAGGAAAGGAACCAAGAGGGAAUAACUAAGGCUGAAGCAUGAACAAGACAGAAUUCAUCACUGUUGCAGGAUUCGCCCUAUCGCUGCUGUGCCACAUGACCCAAAGCGAAGGCUGUCCUCCCUCCUGCGAUUGUAAGUCACUGGGAGAGACGAAGGGUUUACACAUCGACUGCAGCUCCCGGGAGCUGGCGGACCUGCCUGCCCUGCCUGCCCACACCAAAAGGCUUUAUCUACAGAACAACAGCCUGACCUCAGUUCCUCCCGGGGCCCUGGACAGCUUGCUCAGCCUGGAGGAAGUGACAAUUUUCGACAAUCCUUGGAACUGUGACUGUCAUAUUCUGUAUCUAAAACUCUGGUUAGAAGACAUCUCUGCACUCUCUCUGGAAAACACCAGAUGCGCAACCCCAGCUCCCGUGAGGAUGAAGCCCUUGGGGCAGCUGACUGGGAACGAGCUGGGGGUUUGUAAGAGGCUUCUCCCAAUCAAGUGUCUUGAGUUCUUUUGGAGAGACCUCAUUUUAAUCGCUGGAGCAAUAAUUACACUUAUUUUAGUAGCAGAGGCUCUGAAAUUCUCAAAAAAGCUGGUCUGCCAAAUGAAGCUAAGGCAAUCUGACUUGAGGGGCUCGCUGUUGAGAAAGCUCACUUCCAAAAACCACAAGAUGCAGUGAGCUGUUCACUACCACUGGCUUGAGCAGAAACAUCAAACUAUUCCACCACAAAAAAAGCACACGCACCGGCAACGCUAGUUUUAGUGGUGAACAUGCUACAAACAGAUCUCAGGGCUCAAAGUCUGGGUCCUCAGAUAGGUAGGUUUGAUUUAAUUGCCUUUCAAGAACAAGCUUGAUGAUGUAUUGACAGGCAAGUUUCAUCCUGCUACCACCUACUCAUACGAAAAGCAGUUCCUAAAUUUUUAAAAAUAAUUUAAAUCAGCUUUUCCACUGAAUUUGCAGCUCUUACAGCAAGAAGACUUACACCUUUUACUAUAUGGAGAUGAACACCCAUUGUAGUAUUUUAGCAAUUCUUUUCUCACUUGUAAGCUGUGUGAGCAUGUAACGUGUUACUCCCUCAUAGUGUCCCAAUGGGUUGGUAGGACCAUUCUUUUGUGCAAAAAAGUUCAGCCAUCUCUUCCUCAGGCUCAGGAGUUCCCUGCCAGCAAAACCACUAUGACUAUAUAGGCCAACCACUGAACAUAUCUGUCACAGCACUCGCAAAACCAUCCGGCUGUAACAAGGCUUCUACCAUCCCAGGUUAACUUCAAUAAGGAGUCCCCACACCUUGCCCCAGCACGGCCACCAACCCCCCACAAGGUUUCAUCAGGUCAUCUACUGCCUGGGCUGUUUCUCCAUCCCCUUCAGGCCAGCCCACCCCGCUCCUUGCCUCUGCUGCGUCCAGGUUCUUCCUUCUCCAGCUGCUCUCCCAGCCAGCCUCUCCUCACCCAGGCCUCCCCUCAUCUCUCCUACAUCCAGGGUGCUCUCCCUCUCCUUCUUCUGGGUCUCUCUUCAUCCAGAGCUCCUCUUCCAGCCCCCUUAGAGGUAUUUAACUACUUUGUAGGAACCAGCCACAGCUGCACAUUAUCCACGUCAGCCAGCCCGCUGCCCCUGAAGCCAGCCCACAGCUGUAUAUUAUCAAUGUUAAUUAACCUGCCUUCAUUCCUCUACAAUUCCUCUACAGUAUCCCUUACUGAACACAUUUAAAGAUGGACUGGUAAUGAGAAUACAAUCAGGAAAAGUAAUUUUAAAUGUUGUUGAAUUUCCUAGAGAAUAAUCAAUAAAAAAACAUUCUAUGUGAAA